CACCGUGUGUCUGUCCCACCAGGCAUUCGCUCGAAUCUAACCAACCGACGCUGAGUAGGGAUCGGAUAAAGACGCGUUCUGUGGCAUCUGCCAAAACUCCCGACCACUCCGCUCACAAUUGUCAACGGAGAGACAGUAGCCCGCAAACAGCGGACACCUGACAGGCAACUGAAGGGCUAAAGCAAGAGGCAACAUAAUACAUUUAGCUGUAAAAUGCAACAGUCUUUGUUGGAUUAAAACAUCAUUCAAAGAUAAGCGUCGUAUAGGCAGCGAAACAAGGACGAACGCCGGCGCUGAAGCUCAACUGCGACUAGGGAGGUGUAGACGGGAAUACUCAAAAGAUCGAAUUUGUCUGUGAUGAGAAUCGCCAUCCACCAGAGACCUAAGGCAGAGGAAGUGAUGUCCGGUCACCACAAUCGCUUCGAGAGGGAGUACCGGGGGACACCGUGGGAGAGGCGGGACAUCGUCCGUUCGGCCGGCCUCCUUAAUGGAGCGGGAGCCAAUAACUGCUGCGCCGCCGCUGUCGGCAAUGGAAACAACCGGCCGGGACUCCUCCCACUGCCCGUCAUCCCCUCCCUCCUGCCCACCCCAGUUACGGUUGCUGUGACGACGUCGAGUGGUGGUGACAUGGUCGUCAAGCGUCAAGGAGGGGUCACGAUCGCUGUCGCUGGUUCUGCCAAGGAGUUAUCUAGCCAGCUCUGAGAGAAGAAGCUUCACCACACCAAGUUAGAAAGCUCAGCCUUAUUCCUUGUCCUGGCUCUGCUAGCUCGACCACUGUUCAUAUUCCUCCAACUCCACAGGCCCUGGGCUUGUCUGCACCUCUCUCAACCUCAUAUCACAUCAUCCUGUUACCAUCAGGUUUCUGUUUUCUCUUCCCCUCUCUCUCUUUCUCUCUCUCGCUCGCUCUCUCUCUCUCUCUCUCUCCUUUCUAUUUUUCCUCUUUCUCUUCUUUCUCUCUCUCUCCUUCCUCCUAUUUUCUUUCUCCCCCUUCUCUCUCUCUCUCUCUCUCUCUCUCCAACUCUCUCUAUCCUCUACCAAGCAGUAGUGGUACACAAGGCUGCAGUAAUUUAGCAUCAUUAGGUGGCUGAGUGAACUCUCUGACCACAGAAAUGGUAAAUGUUAAAUCUCCUCCGGCAACCAAGCGGCCUGCUUUUGUCGGCUGAAUAAUGACAUUAUAUCUGGAACAGAAGUCUCAGCAUCCACCGUCUCCCACCAUGGCUAUUGUCAUCAGUCAAUGGCUGCCACAGUGAUUAGGACCACUCCGUAUGGCUUCCAUAUAUUUAGCAUAUAGCGUCAGUAGCAUGGCUGGUCUGAGAUGUGAGUGUCAGAUACAUGGAAGGGUGUGUGCAGGGGGGGGGGGCUUACCUUUCUCCUCUGUGUUGUCUUUGUCACUUCUUUGUAACCCUGGCAUACUGUAGCUGAAUAGAGAAUAGAAGCAUUAAAUAGGCUGUCGCUGUGUGUGUGUGCGCGUGCUAGUCUCCUUCACAUCACAGGGUGUCCGCCACACAAUGCACAGGCAGCACAACAUCUGGCCUUGUACACAGGCCUGUGGGCUGGGUGUGCUUGCAUGCAUGUCUUAGUGUGAGUCUGUGGCCCUGUGGGCCUUACUGUUGAGUGUGUGUACAGUUUGUAUUUUUGCAUAUACUUGGACAGUGCAUGAGUACUUGUGUGCAUAAAUGUUUCAUGUUUUAUCUUUUCCAACGCCUGCGUCUGUGUACACAGAUAAAUCCUUGGCUGUUGACGCCACUACGCUAGUUCUGUUUUCAGGUGAUGAAUAAUGUGUAAAGGCACUCACUGGGUCGUUGUGGUUAUACUCAGAGAGAAAGCAGCGUGGCAAUCAGGGUUUAUUUAUGGUCAGGGACAGAUUAAAACAGGCCAUUCGCUUACAUAGAUUAAUCAAGUAAUUACCCAGAACAAGAGAGGAGGACAAUGUAUCCUGAUUUGUAAAGGGGGUAUUGGCUUGUGGCUAGAAAUAAUAUUUAUCAACAGAUUUUUCAGAAUGUUUUUUUUAAUCAUAACGUUAUUUGGUAUCAUUUUUUAUCAGAAUGUGAUUUGGUAUUUGUAAGGGUGUUAAGGAAAGGUGAUGUUGAAUGGAUCCUUUUCAUCUUUCGAUGCUAAAAUGAAUAUUCCAGAGAAAUAUCCUUCUCAUGGUUGGUUGGAUCUCCCAUUGUUACAUGCUGUGUAUUUCGGAAUCUAGAAGUCUAAUGCCCUCGUUUCACAGGCCAAUUCCCUGUUUCCUGUUUAAUACUGUUAACCUCUUCAGCUCCUCCAUAUAAAAUCUACAUCUCUACUGGUUUCCUGUUUAAUACUUUUAACCUCUUCAGCUCCUCGAUAUAAAAUCUACAUCUCUACUGGUUUCCUGUUAAUUUCUACUGGUCUUGUAUUCCAUCUCUACUGGUUUUCUGUUCCAUCUCUACUGGUUUUCUGUUCCAUCUCUACUGGUUUUCUGUUCCAUCUCUACUGGUUUUCUGUUAACUUCUACUGGUCUUGUAUUCCAUCUCUACUGGUUUUCUGUUCCAUUUCUACUGGUUUUCUGUUCCAUCUCUACUGGUUUUCUGUUUCAUGUCUACUGGUUUUCUGUUCCAUCUCUACUGGUUUUGUGUUCCAUCUCUACUGGUUUUCUGUUCCAUUUCUACUGGUUUUCAUAAUACACUGAUACAAAAUAUAAACGCAACAAUUUCAAAGAUUUUACUGAGUUACAGUUCAU